AUGUCCAACCAGAAGCGUCCCUUAGCCAACUUUCAUCCUAACAUUUGGGGGGAUGUUUUCCUUUCAUCUCCAACAACGAACGUUGAUGCUAAAACUAAACUACAACAUGAAGAACUGAAAGAAGAAGUAAAGAGGAUGAUUAAGGUAGCCAUGGAUGAUGAGUUACUCCACAAAUUGCGUUUAAUUGAUACAAUCAAACGGUUGGGUGUGAGUUACCAUUUUGAAAGAGAGAUAGAAGAAGUAUUGCUUAAUAUUUAUGAGCAUGACUAUAAAGAUGACCAAACUCUCGAGACUACUUCUCUUCAAUUUCGAUUGCUUAGAGAGAAUGGAUUUAGUGUUCCUUCUGAUGAGUUCAACAAGUUCAAAGAUGACGAUGGAAACUUUAACAUGUCCUUAACAAGUGAUGUGAAAGGCUUACUAGAAUUAUAUGAAGCUUCACAUUUACGUGUGCAUGGGGAAGAUAUACUUGAAGAAGCUCUUGGUUUCACCACCACUCAUCUUGGUUUAGCCAAAGCUGCUGGCACUAUCGAAUAUCCCCUUUCAGCCUUAGUCUCCCAUGCUCUAUACCAACCCAUCCGCAGGGGAUUGCCAAGGUUGGAGGCUAGGCGAUUCAUUUCAAUUUACCCAGACGAUGUUUCACCUAACAAAGUGCUGUUGAAGUUUGCAGAGUUGGAUUUCCACUUGUUACAAAUUUUACACGGGGAAGAGCUAAGCAAGAUCUCAAGGUGGGGGAAAAGUUUAGACAUACCUACAAAACUACCUUUUGUUCGAGAUAGAUUGGUAGAACGUUAUUUUUGGAUAUUGGGAGCUUAUUUUGAGCCACAAUACUCUUUUGCUAGGGAGAUAUUAGCAAAAGCAGUAGUCAUAAUAACAAUAAUGGAUGACAUAUAUGAUGCAUAUGGCACACUUGAAGAACUUCAACUCCUCACGAAUGCAAUUAAGAGGUGGGAUGCUGAUUAUAUGGAUCAAUUCCCAGAAUACAUGAAGUUAAUUUACAAGCCAUUGUUAGAUUUUUAUGGGGAAUUGGAGGAGAAAAUGAUUAAUCAAGGAAAAUCAUAUCGUGUCAAAUAUGCAAAAGAUACGGUGGGAGUGUGUGAUGGUGUUGGUGGCGAUGCAUGGGAGAAUGGGAGUGGUCUUGGUGGCGCAUGA